AUGAGUUCUGAUAAUGAGGCUGGUAAUGAUAGUUAUAGUAUGUCAGAGGAUUCAAACAAUGAGGAUCUUGUAAUAGAUUAUUAUGACGAUUUGGGAGUUGACAAUUAUAUUGAAGAAAAAGAAAUUAAAGGAGAUGAUAGAACAACAACAAGAUUUAUGACAAAAUAUGAAAAGGCAAGAGUACUUGGAACUCGUGCCCUUCAAAUUUCAAUGAAUGCUCCAGUUUUUGUCCCAUUAAAUGGAAUGACAGACGCCCUUGAGAUUGCUAUGGCUGAAUUAAAAGCAGGUAAAAUCCCAUUUAUUAUCAGACGUCGUUUACCAAAUGGGUCAUAUGAAGAUUGGAAAGUUUCAGAACUUAUUGUUGAAUAA